AUGUCCUGCGAUGGAAGACCUUCAGUAUUCUCACCCAUAAUGUUGCCAUGUAGCAAAGCCGUACCCAACCGGUUGGUCAAGGUCGCGAUGUAUGAACACCUCGCUGCUCUAUGGGGUGGCCCGCCAAACUCGUAUCACUUCUCAUUAUAUAGCCAGUGGGCACGCGCUGGUUGGGGCAUGGUCAUGACGGGGAAUUUCCAGGUCUCGGGGGAGCACUUGACUCUUGGCCGAGACGUAGUCAUUCCGCGAGAGAUCACCGACGCGACUUUGAAGCCCUUCAUUCAGCUCGCAGAUGCCAUGCACGGGUCGGAACAAAGCCUGGCGAUAAUGCAACUGUCCCACUCAGGGCGCCAGUCAGCGAACAUAAUUGGCGGCCGAUGGCCUUUUGCUCCGCCGCGUGCGCCGAGUCCGGUCCGUGUCGGUAGUGCGUCUUCGUCGGGAUUCCUUGCGGACGUAUUCCAUUGGCUAUGCUUCCAAAUACCGGAUCCCUUGUCUGUGAUGGAAAUAGACGACGUCGUAGAGGCAUUCUCCCGUGGUGCGCGCGUAGCUGCGCAGUCUGGGUUCGAUGGCAUUGAGUUACACGCAGCGCAUGGAUAUCUCCUCGCCCAGUUCUUGUCUCUGAAGACGAAUCUACGUAGCGAUGAAUAUUCGGCUGAGAAUGGGCUCCGUAUAGUUCAUCGCAUUUUGUCAAAGAUACGCGAAGAGGCUCCUCCUCGAUUUAUCGUUGGCAUAAAGCUCAAUGCAGCCGAUUACGCGACAAGUGGAAGCGAAGAUCGUGCCCUUGAGCAUGUUCGUGAGCUAGCUGCCUCGCGGCUAGUUGACUUCAUAGAGAUUAGUGGAGGUGACUACGAAAAUCCAGAAUUUACCUCCACCUCCACGUCUCCAAGGCAGGCUCUAUUCACCCGCUUUUCGCGCGAAGCAUUGUUGGCCGUCGCAUCAACCGUCGCAAACCCGCCCUUGAUCCUCCUAACUGGCGGUUUCUCCAGCCCUGCGCAACUCGGCACGGCGUUGGACUCUAAGCACGCUGACCUCCUCGGGAUCGGAAGAUUCUCAAUCAUAUGUCCCGACCUCCCGCUUACCCUUCGCCGAAACGUGCACUCGCCGAACUCACAAUUCAGUAGUCGACCGUCCAUUGAAAGCGCCGACCCCACAGCGCUGGACCCUGCCUUUUCGUGGCUGUGGAAGCAGGUCAGACAAAUCAAGCUAGUGGGUGCCGGUGCAGGCAUUGCGUGGUAUACGUUGGUCCUACGCGAGCUGGCAAAACAGCGGGCGACGACUACUAUAUCUAAGGACAUGGGAGUUGUGAGGGCGGUGUGUGGUAUGUGGUUGUGGCUUGGCCCCACUGCUCCAUCAAACGGCCCUAUCAUCUUCGCUCUAUCCCUCUUUGCGGUCUCAGUCGCUUUGUAUUGGACAGACGUAUUUAGAAUGUUUGAACAGGUGUUUCCAGACAUCUCUAGGAGCGGGCUUGCAAUGUUCCUGUAA